UUUCGGCGGCGCGCGGACUUUCCUCCUCUUGGCCGCAGCCUCGGAUUUAAAGGGGCCGCGUCGCCGAAAAUGUCCCGCCGGGCGAAGGAGGAGUUUCAUCGCUCCUACGCGGUCAGCGACCCCCGCAGCCACCCCAAGGGCUACACCGAGUACAAAGUCACCGCCAAAUUUGUUUCAAAGACCAAGCCGGAUGAUACCAAGGAGAUCGUGGUCUGGAAAAGAUACAGCGACUUUAAGAAGCUGCAUGCAGACCUGGCGUACACCCAUCGCAACCUCUUCCGCCGCAUGGAGAACUUCCCCGCUUUCCCGCGGGCUCAGGUCUUCGGCCGAUUUGACCCCGAGGUCAUUGAAGAACGGAGGAAAGCAGCGGAAGACAUGCUACGCUUCACCAUACACAUCCCGGCCUUAAAUAACAGCCCCCAGCUGAAGGAAUUCUUCCAGGGCGGAGAGGGGCAGAGCAGUGCCAGGCAAUGCGAGGCGCCUUCGCUGCCCCUCCCUCUCAUCCCGGUACCCGCGGCAGGAGUCGAGCAGGGCGAGGAGGCACUGGGUCUGGUUCAGGAUGAUGGGCUGCUGGACCCCAAGCCGGGGGCAGCCAGCAAAGAUGGUGCCUCUGAGCCCCCAAUGGAGAACCAAGUGGAGGCCUCUGACACUCUGGAUCAAGACCUAGAUGCCCUCUUUGCCUUCCGGGAGGAAGAGGAGGAAGAAGCCAGGAACGACUCGCCUUCCCACUGCCUCUUAUCGGUCCAAGAAUUAGCCCUCUUCGACCCCUUCUCCAAAGAAG